AUGAUUGUUUUAAUUCGACGUAAAUAUGAUUAUUUUAAAUCGGCUAACAUUGUUGGACCAUCACCAACAUUUCUGUUUGGCAAUUUAUUGGAAAUAUGGAAGGCAUCGCAUUAUUCUGGUCAAUUAGAAUCAUGGACGCGCAAAUAUGGAAAAAUCUAUGGAAUAUUUGAAGGUACUCUUCCAAUCUAUGUAGUGUCUGAUGUUGACUUUAUUGAAGAAGUUUAUAUUAAACAAUUUUCCAAUUUUAAUACUCGCAGACCAUUCUUUUUUCUGUUAGCUGAUCAAGAAAAACGGAUGCAUUUAGGUAACAGUAAUGCAGUUAAAUGGCGACGCCAAAGACAUAUUAUCAAUCCAAUAUUUAGUAAAGCAAAAUUAGUGUCGAUGAUACCCCUAAUUAUUAAAUCUAUCGAUGAAUUUUUAGACAUCAUCGCCUUAUAUGCUGAUAGGAAUGUUGAUGUCGAUGUUCGUUCAAUGUAUACUCGAUUAAGUAUGGAUGUAUUGUGUCGAUGUGCUUUCUCACUCGAUAUGAAUGUUCAACGAAAUUUUGAUAAUCCUUUCUUGAAAGCGUUGAACACAUUUUUUGGUGUUGACAACAGAAAACUACUCUUUGUUAAAGCGGCUUCAAUCCUUCCAUCAUUUGUCGGUAUUAUCAUUUUUCGAGCAGUCAUCAGAUUUAAUUCAUUAAUUCUCAAAUGGAAUGAAACAUUUCCAUUUUUUCAAUUUAAUGAAUUACCUUAUUUAUGGUUAUUGUCACGUAUUAGUGGUCUUAUUGUUCAAGCUCGACAAGAUCUUCGUCAGAGUGUUCGUGUAGAUCUUCUUCAUCUUUUGCUCAAUGCAGUUACUGAUCAAUCAAUCAUAGAUAAUAAUCGUUAUAAAGAUGAUAAGAAUCUUGUCAAUUCAUCUGAAACACAAUCUAUGAUAAUUAAUAAACUGACAUAUGAUGAAGUUUCGGGUAAUAUUCUUCUAUUUUUUCUAGCUGGUACAGAAACUACAUCAACUGGAAUGUCAUAUUGUACCUAUGUUUUGGCAAAUCAUCAAGAUAUUCAAGAAAAAUUACAAGAAGAAAUAAAUUUAUAUUCUGAUGAUACUGAUCAAUCAUCAAUCUAUGAUACAGUGGAAAAAUUGAUCUAUUUGGAUAUGUUUAUUAAAGAAGUCAUUCGAAUGUAUCCAAUUGCAGCAUUUGCUAUGAAUCGUCUCUGUGUUGAAGAUACUUUUGUUGGAAAACAUAGAAUUAAAAAGGGAACUAUCAUACAACCUGACAUCUAUAGUGUUCAUUAUGAUAUGGAUAUAUGGGGACCUGUUGAUCCUUAUCAAUUUUAUCCUGAACGACAUUCGACUAAACGACAUCCAGCUGCUUAUUUAUCUUUUGGUAUUGGUCCACGGAAUUGUAUUGGAAUGCGUUUUGCUUACUUGGAAUUAAAAAUCUUUCUUGUGCGUCUUCUUAAAACAUUCACUAUAUUCAAAGGUAAUACGAUGGACGAGACUUUUAGAAUUGUUGAACUUACAGUUAUUGGACCCGAAACAGUGCCAAUUAAACUCAAACGUCGUAUACCAACUAUAUAA